AUCGUACGGCACGAACGACUCUAUCAGUGUCAGGAAGCUGGCCAUGAGCUGAGACCAGGAUUCACUUAUCACGGCGGGCUUUUACGUCAUGAGCAAGAAGUACACAAAAUGUAUCUCUCGGCGAAGAAGACACCGAUAUUUUGUUCUUUUCCGAAUCGCCCGCGAAGCUCAGGAAAGCCUUAUAUGCGGAAGGAAAAUUUCGAAGACCACAAGCGGCGAAUUCACAAGGUGGAGAAGCGGCCAUCAAAUCCAGCGGCAUCUCAGCCUCAGCCU